GCCGCGGCGGAACCCACAGCCGGAGAGGGGCAGCCCGAGCUGGGCGCCGCGGGGUCCCCACCCCCACUCGGCCGGACAGUGCCCGGUGUUCCCCCGUGCGGGGGGCGGCGGCGGCGGCUGACGGGACCGGACAGGAUCGCGGGGGUGUUGCCACCUCCACCGAGGAGCCGGCGCGGCCGCAGGCUCCUCAGAGCCGGGGCCCGGGGCCCGUGAUAGACGGGCCGAGGAAAGGAGAGGCGGCGCAGGCGACGGGGAGGCAGCGGCGACACCAUGUCAUCCCCCAGUCCGGGCAAGAGGCGGAUGGACACGGACGUGGUCAAGCUAGAGGAGAAAGAAACUCGCGGCCUCUACCAUAAACACACAUGCAUUGAGAGUAAGCAUGAGGUUACGAUCCUGGGAGGACUCAAUGAAUUUGUAGUGAAGUUUUAUGGACCACAAGGAACACCAUAUGAAGGUGGAGUAUGGAAAGUUAGAGUGGAUCUUCCUGAUAAAUACCCUUUCAAAUCUCCAUCUAUAGGAUUCAUGAAUAAAAUUUUCCAUCCCAACAUUGAUGAAGCGUCAGGAACUGUGUGUCUAGAUGUAAUUAAUCAAACUUGGACAGCUCUCUAUGAUCUUACCAAUAUAUUUGAGUCCUUCCUGCCCCAGUUGUUGGCCUAUCCCAACCCCAUAGAUCCUCUCAAUGGUGAUGCUGCAGCCAUGUACCUCCAUCGACCAGAAGAAUACAAGCAGAAAAUUAAAGAGUACAUCCAGAAAUACGCGACGGAGGAGGCACUGAAAGAGCAGGAAGAGGGCACCGGUGACAGCUCGUCGGAGAGUUCUAUGUCUGACUUUUCGGAAGAUGAGGCCCAGGAUAUGGAGUUGUAGUAGAAAAAGCACCUGCUUUUCAGAAAGACUAUUAUUUCCUAACCAUGAGAAGCAGACUAUAAUAUUCAUAUUUAAACAAAGCAAUUUUUUUUAUUACUAAACAAGGUUUUUAUGAAUAAUAGCAUUGAUAUAUAUAUAUUAUAUAUCACCCUUUAGAUCUUGAUUUCCUGGUCAUUUCUCAACCUGAGGUGCAUAGCAUAUCCCCACAUUCCAUUUUGGUAGCAAUAUGCGGUCCGAAUGCAUGCAUUCAUAAGUCCAUUUGGCCAAGUCAGCCUGUGUGCUACUGAACUGUCGAAAGAAACAGCCGCUCUGAUAGAUAGACGUGAGUAAAAAUAACAGGAAAAAGUGGCUUCUUUUAUUGAUGGUUCCAAAGACACAAACCAAACCAACCAGCUCUUGGACGUGAAGAUAGAAUAUAGCGCUUUUUCAAAACGGUCGGGAGGAACUGGGCGGGGAGGAAGGCCUGCACCUGCUGUGGGAUCACCUAGAGCCGCCACGGCAGAUCCCCAGCCGCUCUUUCCCGGGAAGCCUUGGUGGCCCCGUUUCCGCGGAGUAACAGUUUAAAACAGGGAGCUAAUUGGAGUAUUGAAACCUAACAACAAUUUUUUGACUCUGGAUUUUAAGUACAUUUUUAUAUGUAGAUUCCUGCCCUUCUCGCUACCAGGCCCCGCAGCCGCAAGUGUUUUGCUUUGGAGAACGUUUUGGAAGUGUUUUCUGAACCUGAUUCUUUUUCUUGGGGGUAGAGCUUAUAAUCCAUACCUUUUUGAGAGGACAGGACAGGAGGAGAAGAGAAGUUGUUUCGUCUCAUCCAACACGUGCAGAGUCACAUCCCCAUCCUGUUGGCCACUUUGGGACUGCUACCCUGGACUGAGAGCUUUAAAUUGGAGGGUGGUUGUGGGUGUUUUUAUGUUGUUGUUGUGGUUGGGGCUUUUUUUUUUUUUUUGGGGUGUGUGUGUGUGUGUGUGUGUGUGUGUGUGUGUGUGUGAAUCGUGCUUAGACAAGGUGCAAAUUUAAUCUUCACCAAGAGAUGGCUUCCUCCUUGGGCAGCCACUCAGUGGACCAUUAGACUCGCAAGAAGACCCGUCUGGUGGCUGUGACUCCUGGGUGCUCUCGUUCAUGUUUUGGGUUUGUUUUCUCUUCUGCUGCCGCUCUUGGCAGCGGCCUGGUCAUCAUCUGCUUGUGGGAGUGGGAAACGGGUAUUUUAGACCCAACACACAUUCUAAAUUUAAAAUGAGUAAUAAUUGGAACAAAUAAAGGUCCUUGUACCCAGAGUGACUCUGCAUGGGAAAAAAAACCGCUGUUUUCAGAGUGUGACUGGAUAGGAGGGAAGAUUCGGAAAUGCGAUGUGGUAGAACAGGUUUUGAAGGAGGAAAAUGUUCUCUCCUGUGAGCGUUAAGAGGAAAUCAGACAGUUGAAAAUGCCUGCUAA